UAGCAUGUGCUUACCUUAGCAUAUCCACACACUUAUUCAUUUGGCCAGCUCUUUCACCUGUACAAACCCUUCCAUUUCAUGCUCGUCCAGUGAUGGAGCCUCACUCAGCAGUUCAGAGGGGGUGUUUCAGUUUCCCUGCAAAUACUUCUGUUUAUUUUGUUGAAGUUGCCCACCCUCUACCCUGCUCAUGAGGUGAGGAGUGUGAGAGGAGCCUUUGUGCUCAGGUGAACUCAAAACUGUCUGUACAUAUGAAAAGGGCAGGACAGAGCCACAUUCAAACACUACAAACACUUAUUCUUAAGAUGUUCUUAAAAUGGUAUGAAAAAUGAAUUGCUUCAAUAAAAUGGUGAGUCGUUUAGUUUAGCCUGCUGGGAAAGGCAAAGAGAAUUCUUUCAGGUGGAGCAGAAAGUAUAGAGAACAGUGAGAGAGAAGCAGAGGAAGUGUGAACAAUCAGGAAGGAAAGGUAAGGAAGGUAAUGGGUGGAGGUCAGGAGAUUGUGGAGAAGGCUGAGGGAACAAACCAAAGCUUUAUGCGCUAAUAUUAUUUUAAUCUCUGAAGGCCAGUCCAAUGUAAGCAACCAGGGGGCUUUGGCCGUCACUUCACUCAGGACCAAGUGAAUGGCUGCCUUGUCUUUCUAUCACCAUUAAACUUCUCAUUACUUUAGCACCAAUAAAUGCAAAUAUAAAUGUUUUGAAAUGCAUAUAUUUUCAGUUGUAUAGAAGAAAGGAAUCUUUUUAUAUGAUUUUUUUAUGUGACUAGUGGUGUGCACUAAAAAUGUUCUCCCCAAAUACUGUAACUUGGAUACACAUUUGCAGUUUUUCUUAUAUAUGGGCAGUUAUAAGGGACCAACUUCAAACAUACAUACAUACAUACAUACACACAUAUAUAAAACCUGAAAAUGGUUCACAUAUCAUAUUUUAAUUUUUCUCUCCAUCCUUUACAGCAUAGUAGCUGAUUAUACUUAUAUUUAAUCAGUCCAUCAGCAGAGUAACAAGCUUCUCCUGAAUAAAUAAAUCCAGUCUGUGUUCUCACUUAUUAUUUCCAAAUCGUAUUAUUUUAUAUCUCAAGAAAUUCAUAUUUUUACCUCAUUAUUCUAUAAAAUCUCAGUUGUAGAUGAGCUUGUGUAUGGCUGUUUCACCCUGUCUGUGUACAUCCACGGCUGCAUAAAGGCCUGGCUUUAGCCCUAGUGAAAAAGGCGAAGGUCAGCUCAGACACACUGAGGAACUAAUGUGAGAAUGAAGCAUCCUGUGAAGUAGGUCCAGAUAGGAAUACUGUUGAGAACAGGCCACCCAUCAUGAUGCAGCCGGGGUAGUGACAAGCCCUCUUUAUAUUCCUGUGGAAAGGGGAAAAAGUCCUGACUGUAACACAUGGGCAUACUGAGGAAAAGUACUCUACAUAUCCUAUAUAGCAUGACAGAGAUGAGAUUUAUAUAUCUGCAGUGAAACAAAUAGAUAUAUAAGGCCACGGAGCAUGAGCCUGUGUCGGUAUGGGUAUAUGCUUGAAUGCAUGUUCAUGUGUUGUGCUUAAUAUCUGUAUCAUGCUCAGUUAUAUCACACAUAAGAAUGAACAGCCACGUAUCCAAAAUGAUCUUAGAAAUUUAUUAAAGACAACUUACAAAUAAAGAUGAUGCCAGAUUGUUAUUAUUUCUUUCUUAUAAUACUUAAACAUAUAUAGGAGUGUGUUUAAACUUGCAGCUUUCUCAUUCUAGAUAAAUAAAACAGAACAAGUCACAUACUUACUGUAAAUCACCUGAGAGGCGGGGAAUCUGGAUGUUACAUUAAGUACAUAGGUUUGGCUGCCUCCCACCUCAAAUGCCGGUGUACCUUGUGCAAUCUUUCUUCCUUCUAGCUUUCUCAGACAGUCCAUUGGAGGUUCUCAGGUCAGAUGGAUGGAGCCAGACUGUAGCAGCUCAAAACAGCAGCUCAAGAUCGAGUAAUACAUAAGAUUUGGCACUAUCUAAACCAGUGCCAGGAUUUAAUUCUUCUCAAACUUUAUUAGCAAAGUAGAUUUUCAAUCUCUACCCAAAGCAGUGACUGUUCCCCUGACAUCCAUUCAUUAUGCUCAUCUUCCUGGCUUUCCUCUUCUUACUAACCCCUUUUCCUACUCUUCAAGCCUCAGUAGGCGAGAGGAAAAAUUCCACUAAAACAGCACCUCAUACUAUUACUACAUUGAAUAUCAAACCAAAAACCCCAACCCUUUCUCCUGCCUCAAAAAUCAGUAAUGUCAGUCAGACCCUGUUCUCUACAACAAUGCCUCCUGAGACUCCUAGCUUUAAGAAAACCUCCAAAGACAAGCCUCCCUCAAGCUCGCCCAUCAAAGUUGUCAUCACUGAAGGCUGCAUUCAGAAGGAGCCUCAGAAAGACACGGUCAACAGCAGCAAAGCGCAGGAAACAGAGCUGAGUCUGAAGCCAGGUUCUCCUCUGGUGAUGACGCACCAUAUCAGCCUGAUGCCAGGCUCUUGCUCUGGAGGCUGUGAGGCUGAGAUGACUGCACUGAAGGACCGAGUAGAGAUCCUGGAAAAGGAAAUGUCAGCUUUGAAGAAAAAGUGCACCCUCUGCUCUGGAGUACAGUGCCCAAAUAACUGCAACAAGAAUGGAAACUGUGUCAACGGAAAAUGUGCGUGUCAGCCCGGUUUCACUGGCAUUGACUGCAGCAAAGGAGCUAAUAAGGAAAAUAAGCUGGCCUCUGAUAGUACACCUGUCAAGAAAGUGACAUCAUCCUUGGAACAAUCAAAGACAAACAAUAUAAUAACAAAUAGAAAGGACAAAGUGGAAAGGCAUCAAGAUCAAGCGAGAGGUCCAGUAACCGGCGAGAAAAUGCCACUGAACAAAGAUUUGCCUCUGAACCAUAAUGUGAAAAGAACUAAAGAGUCAGCAAAUGUACCUGUUAAAACAAAUUCAGAAAAAGGAAAGGUGUCUUUGUCUAAUGAGACUUCUACUGAAAAUGACAAAAAGUCAUCCCAGGACAUUGUUAUGAAGUUUCUUAUAGGAGUAGCAUCUGUGACUCAAAAGAUGGAGAAGCAUGCAAAUGUAACAGAAGAGUUAAAAGUAAGAGAUAAGAAGCAACACAAAGGCCAUGAAAAAAACGUGUUGGAAAAGCAUCUAAAUGUAACUACGUCCACCGAGAAAGACAAAAAAACAAUCAAGGAGAGUGUUACACUUUUUAAAGAAGGAUUGUCUGGAAAGAAAAUGGUGGGGAAACACUCAAAUGUUACUACGUCCACUGAAAAAGACAAGAAACCAAGCCAGGACAGUGAGACACUUUUUAAAGAAGGAUCAACUGAAAAGAAACUGAUGGAAAAACACUCAGAUGUUACUUCUUCCACUGAAAAAGACAAAAAGCCUAGCCAGGGUAACAUCACACCACCUAAAGAAGGAUCAUCUGAAAAGAAAAUAAUGGAAAAACUUUCAAAUGUGACUACUUCCAUUGAAAAAGACAGGAAGUUGCGUCAAAGCAACAACCUACCUAAGGGCGGAUCAUCAGGAAAGAUAAAAGUAGACAGGUUUCUGAAUGUUACAGCUGCCAACAACAAAGAAAAGAAGUUACUAGAGGAUGAUGAGGCGACAGCUAAUAAAAAAGCAACAUCUGGAAACAAAAAAGGGGAAACACAUGUAAAUGUGACUGCUUCCACUGAAAAGGACAAGAAGCUAAGCCAGGGCAAUGUCACGCCUCUUAAAGAAACAUCAUUAGGAAAGACAAAAGUGGAGAAGCUUCUAAAUGUAACUAAUUCUACUGAAAAAGACAGGAAGAACCAAAGCAAUGUCACACCUCUUAAACAAAAAACAUCUAGAAUGAUAAAUGUUACAUCUUCCAGUGACAAAAGGAAGAAGGGAGUACCAGAGAAUAAGACAAAAGUUGUUAAGUUUACACUGGGAAAGGAAACAGCACAAAAACAUGUAAACAUAACUACUCCUACUGGAAAGGACAAUAAGCUGCACCAGGGCAAUGCUACACUUCUUAAAGAUGAAUCAUCUAGAAAGACAAAGCUCGACAGCCAUCUCAGCGUAACAACAUCCAUCGAGAAGGACAAAAAGUUACUACAGAGCAAUGAGACAAAAGUUCUUAAUGACGUUACAGCUGAAAAGAAAAGAGUGGAAAAACAUAGAAAUGUGACUACUUUCAGUGAAAGGGACAACAAGAUUUACAAGAGUAACACCACACUUAUUAAAGAAGGAUCAUUUCAAAAGGGAAACGUCGACAACGUAAAUGUAAAAAAGUCCAAUGAGAAAGGCAAGAAGUUUCUACAAGGUGACGAGACAACAGUUGUCACAAAAGAAAUAUCUGUAACAGAACAGAAGGAUGUAAAUGUAACUUCCACCAGCGAAAAAGACAAGAGUUUGCACCACAUUGUCAAAGAGGAUGCUUCUAGAAAGAGCAACGUAAACAGCGAUUUAAAAAAUAUCACAAUUUCUAAAACUCAUGUCGAAAGGACAACAAAAUUAAUUGACAUCGGACCAGUUGAGGUUCACAACAUAACUGCCACUGGGUUUGUUAUCACAUGGGAGGCUCCUCAAGGAUUAUUCAGGAAUUUCACAGUAACAAGGAGGGACGUUUGGUCAGGAAGAAGCAGUGAGGAUGAUGCAGAGGAAGCUGAGAAAAGCCAAGAGGAUGAUAUAAAAGCAGAUGAGUUAUACAGUUCAAACAGAACUGCUUCUAAAGUCUACAGUGGAAAAGUUGAUAGAAAGAGUGCAGAGAAGUUCUCACAGAUUCUUGCUGGAAAUGCUCGCUCCUAUCAUUUCAAGAAUCUUCGACCACAGAGAAAGUACUCUGUGUCCUUGUUCGGCUCCGGGCCUCAUGUACGGUCCAAAGUUCACCGUCUGUUUGUCUCCACAGGACCUGAACCACCAACAGAACUGCAUUUCAGCAACAUUACAGAAACAUCUCUCACCUUGUCUUGGAACAAACCUAAAAGCAGAGUAACAGGAUUCAAAGUCACAUACACCAAUUCUGCAAACGGGGUGACAGGAUCCAUGUCUGUUGACUCACAGUUGUGCCAUGUUCUCAUUUCCAAGCUCUCUGUUGGUUCCCGGUAUGAAAUUAGUGUCAGGUCAGUUAUGGGAGCUAUAGAGAGUGAAGCAACCACAGCCUCAGUUGUUACAGUACCUGACUCCCCCACUGACCUCCAGGCUGUGAAUGUCACAGACAGUAAAGCACUGUUGGUAUGGAAGCCUUCUCAAGCUAAAGUCGAUCAUUAUAUCCUCAGUUAUGGAUCUACAAGAUCCCCUAAUGUGACAGUGACAGUGAUGUUGUCUGGCACUUCUGUGGAGCACCAGCUCAGAGGUCUACACAGAUCUACACUCUAUGCAGUGAAGAUCAUGAGCCAAAUCAACAGUCUCCAGAGUAGCUCUGUUUCCACAACCUUCACAACAAAAAGUGGAGUGAAGCUUCAGGUAGUGACACCCACUGAAGUCACCUGGAAUUCAGCUUUGAUUUCAUGGAAGACCACUCUUUUAUCUUUCAAAAGCUAUAGGCUUACAUACCAAGUUGGAGAAGAGAUUAAGGAGGUGAUCCUAAAUCCAACUGUGUCCCAGUACGAGUUAACUGAUCUGGUGGCGUCUUCCCACUACACUGUAAAAGUAGCUGGAGAAAGUGAGGGGCAGUACAUCAGUGUCGUUUCCACUGCAUUUACAACAGCGCAACUGCCUUACCCAUACCCAGCCGAAUGCUCCCAGGUGCAGCUGAAUGGCAUGAAGAAGUCAGGAGAGGCUGAGAUUUACCCUGAGGGUAAAGAUGGAGAGGCAGUGUGGGUCUACUGUGAUAUGGAGACUGAUGGAGGGGGCUGGACAGUAUUCCAGAGGAGAGUUGAUGGAUCUACUGAUUUUUUCAGAGAAUGGAAAGAUUAUAGCAAAGGCUUUGGAGAGAUGAGUGCAGAAUUUUGGCUUGGAAAUGACAUCCUUCAUGCCCUGACUAGCAUGGAACCAAUGAGCCUGCGCAUCGAUUUGCGUUUAGGAAAUGACACGGCCUACGCUCACUACUCCAACUUCUCUGUGGGAUCGGAGGUGAAUUACUACACCAUUGAAGUGUCUGGAUACUCUGGCACAGCUGGGGAUUCAAUGAGAUACCACAAUGGUUGUCCUUUCUCAACUAAGGACAAGGGACCCAGCACUAACAGUGUCCAUUGUGCAAAGAACUACAUGGGAGGCUGGUGGUACAAGAACUGCUACAAAGCAAAUCUCAAUGGUGUCUAUGCAAUCUUCAUGAAGGACCAGGGAGUGGUGUGGAUUGACUGGAAGGGCAAGGACAUCUCCCUCUCGUUUACGGAGAUGAAGCUGCGGCCUGCCUCGCUGAGUCACGUGACCCCGAACACCCAAGGCUAGAACAUCUAGUGAAGAGCAGCCGCUGCAUGCAGAUACACUGUACAACCUUCAACACUUCACAUUCUACACCCACACUGUACACAACUAUAGGCAACAUAUAUCUACUUUUUUGCAGUUAUUAUGCCCCAUACUGUGACAAAGUUCAUAAAUAUCUAAUAUUAUAUAAAUAAUCAAUCAUUUAUUGAACAUAAUUUUUUAAAAUACUUUGUUUCAACUGGGUUUAUCUGCAGGACACAUAUUAUGUGCCACAUUAUCUACUUUCAUAUGACUGUAUAGUAAGGACUAUGUGCUAUAAAAACAUUCAGAGUGUUCUUUACACUGUUCCUGACUCACACCGCUACUGAAAUGAAUGCACUGUUACAUUUUGUUGGAUGUAAAGGUUACAGACUAUCAUUCUCUUCUGUUUCAUUUUUUAUAAAGAGGUUUUGUAGAAAUACCAAAUAAAUUGCAAAGGUCAGCAAA